AUAUCGCACCUACAUAUUCUCCGUCGAUUCUACCGUGCUAUAUCCCCAGGAAACCCCCCCUCUCCUCAUCCCUCCAACGCACUCAACCACCGGCUGGUCUCUGGUGUUACAUAAAUAAUGUCUUCCCGCAAAUCAAAGCCUUUGCCAAAGUUCGAAAUCGGUGACGAUUAUCAGCUCUUGCACGCUAUUGGAGAGGGUGCGUAUGGAACUGUAGCUGCUGCCCUCCAUAAGCCCUCGGGACGACAAGUGGCGAUCAAAAAAGUGUUGCCAUUCGAUCAUACGUUGUUUUGCUUGAGAACGCUGCGAGAACUCAAGCUGCUCAAGUUUUUCUCGGAGACAUGCGUCAAUGAAAAUAUCAUCUCCAUCUUGGAUAUCAUCAAGCCGCCUACUUUGGAGUCGUUCACGGAAAUCUACUUCAUCCAAGAGUUGAUGCAAACGGACCUACACCGUGUCAUCCGCACACAACACCUCACCGACGACCACUGCCAGUACUUCGUCUACCAAACCCUCCGCGCGCUCAAAUCCAUCCAUAGCGCCGACAUCGUCCACCGCGACCUCAAACCCGCCAAUCUCCUCCUCAACGCCAACUGCGACCUCAAGGUCUGCGAUUUCGGUCUAGCCCGGAGCGUAAAGACCAGCGUCGUGGGCGGUAAAGAGGUCGGCAUCAUGACGGAGUACGUCGCGACGAGGUGGUACCGUGCGCCCGAGAUCAUGCUUUCUUUCAAGAUGUACACAAAGGCAAUCGACAUCUGGGCCGUAGGCUGCAUCCUCGCAGAACUCUUAACAGGAAGACCACUCUUCCCGGGACGGGACUACAGCCACCAGCUCGACCUCAUCCUAGACGUCAUCGGCACCCCGAGCCUGGACGAGUUUUACGCCAUCACGUCCCGGCGAUCGCGGGACUACAUCCGCGCGUUGCCUAUCCGGAAACGCCGCUCUUGGGAGUCCUUGUUCCCGCAUGCGUCCAAGGAGGCUAUUGAUUUUUUGGCAAAGACUUUGACCUUUGACCCGAAGAAGAGGAUGACGGUGGAUGAGGCGCUUGAGCAUCCUUACCUCACUGCAUACCACGAUCCUGAAGACGAACCGACCGUUCAACCUCUCAGCCCGUCCUACUUCGAGUUCGACUUGCACAAGGAUGACUUGAGCAAGGAUCAACUAAAGGAACUCCUCUACGAAGAAGUCCUUUCCUUUGUUCCUUCGAUCUAAGCAAGAUACCAACCAAGCCACUAUACCAAGAGGAGAGUAUCAAGGAAAUCUCAGAGCCAGAAUGUAUAUAAAAAGUUAAAGGACGAUAAUAUAAAUAUAUUGGAUGUGGUGAUG